AUGAUGAAUACAAGGAACUCUUACGAUGCCAAGGAUGACAUCGACAAGAGCUCAGUGGACAAUGUCGAGGUCGUCCCAAAUGCGGUCGCCAACGCUGAUAAACCGAACCCGAAGAAAGAGGCCCCAGCCUAUGUUGCAGGCCUCUCCCCCGAGGAGCGUGAGAAGGCCGAGCAGGCUCUAGUCCGCAAGAUCGAUCUCCGACUUCUGCCAAUGACAAUCAUCAUGUAUAUCCUCAAUUACUUGGACCGGAACAACAUUGCUGCCGCUCGACUUGCUGGCCUCGAAGAUGAUCUCAACUUGAAGGACUACCAGUACCAGACCAGCGUCAGUAUCUUGUUUGUGGGUUACUUGUUGAUGCAGAUCCCUUCCAAUCUGCUUCUGAAUAAAUUGGGAAAGCCUGCCAUCUACCUUCCAUGCUCGAUGAUGCUGUGGGGUAUUGUUUCCAUUUGUACCGCAGCUGCCCAGAAUUAUGCUGGCCUGGUCGUGAUUCGGUUUUUCCUCGGUUUUGUGGAAGCCGCCUACUUUCCCGGGUGCCUUUACUUUCUCAGUGCUUGGUACACACGGAAGGAGCUCGGCUUCCGAACUGCUGCCCUCUACUCUGGCUCCUUGAUUUCCGGAGCCUUUUCGGGCCUUAUUGCAGCCGGUAUUACGGGAAACAUGGAUCACAAGCUAGGCCUCCGAGCAUGGCGCUGGCUCUUCAUCAUUGAAGGUGCAAUCACCAUCGUGAUUGCCGCGAUUGCCCUCUUCGUCCUGCCCAAUUUUCCUCGGACGACCUCGUGGCUCUCAGAAGAAGAGAAAGAGCUGGCUGUCUGGCGUUUGGAGGAAGAUAUCGGAGAAGACGACUGGGUCGAUAGUGAGCAGCAGUCAUUUUUGCACGGCGCGAAGCUGGCUUUCACUGAUAUCAAGACAUACAUCCUCAUGUUGCUCAUUCUAUGUAUGGUCUCCUCCGCCUCGGUGACCAACUUUUUCCCCACCGUGGUGGAGACCCUCAAUUAUGACAGAAUCAAAACGCUACUCCUCACAGCGCCUCCCUACUGUCUGGCCGUCAUCUGUGCUUUUGCAAAUGCCUGGCACGCUGACCGUACCGGCGAACGCAACCACAAGUAUCGCCCCCCCCGUUACCUUGCCAUGAUGCUCAUGGUCCCAUCUCUAUACACCGGCUAUGUCGUAGCCCUAAGUUGGAUCUCCAGUACUCUGCCACGUCCCGCGUCCAAGCGUGCGGCAGCCCUGGCGGCUAUCAACUGCGUCAGUAACGCUAGCAGCAUUUACGCCAGUUACAUGUACCCCAACCGCGAUGCGCCCAGAUUCAUCACCGCCAUGAGCGUCAAUUGUGCCACCGCAUUCGUCGCGAUCUUAUCCGCUACGGUGCUCCGAUUCAUGCUUGUUCGGCUGAACAAGAAACUGGACCGUGGCGAGGAGGUCUCUGGCGCCGUCAAAUCGGGCGGGCUUCCUGGUCAGGCCAGCGCCAGAGGUUUCCGGUUCUUGAUUUAA